GGAUAGUGGACGCGCAGACUGGGAGAGGAGCGCUGACGCGCCGCAGGCGCAGCCCACGGACUGAAUAACACGGAAGGGGGGCACUGAGGUGCACGACAGAGGGAGGAAAGAGGGGAAGAGAAGUGGAGCAGGAGAGGAUGAGAGCGGGAAGAGCCGUGGAGCGAACGCAUGGCCGGGCUCGAGGGAAUAAAGAGUAUUUAGUCGGGCUCCUGUGCUGGGAACGCGUCGCGUCGCGCCGCAUCGCAGCGCUUUUACGCGCGAGAACGCAACAGCUGCAUUGGAUAAAACAAUAAAAAUGUUAGCCGUGUGAAUUAAACAAUGAAUAAUUUGCAUUAGUUUACUUAAGAGAGUCUCUGAAAAAGCCAGGCGUAAGUGCUCAACGUUAUGUGCGUUUUGAAUUCAGACAUGAUGAUUGGGAGUGUGUGAGGAAUUGCGCAAAUCAAUCAAUGCGUCGCACUUUUUGUUCCAAUUUGUUCGUGCAUAGAAAGUGAAGAAAUGUGCGCGUCUUAGUUAGUAGUGUAGGGAGGAAUUCUUCUGAAGCGGAAGAGGUGAUGGAGCAGUUUUCCUCGCCCAACCAAAGUGGAGAAGUGAGCUUUGGGAACCAGUCGGACACUGGAGAUGUUCCCCUGGAAGCGGUUUUUGAGAUCGGGACCGACAAUGUCAUCACCCUUCUCAUAUUCGGGCUCAUCUUCGGCCUCGGGGUGCUGGGAAAUUCCAUGGUCAUCACGGUCCUGGCCCGGGACAGACCCGGUAAGCCGAGAAGCACCACCAACAUCUUCAUCCUGAACCUGAGCAUCGCGGACCUGUCCUACCUGGUGUCCUGCGUCCCCUUCCAGUCCACGGUCUACAUGCUGCCCACGUGGGUCCUGGGAGCCCUCAUCUGCAAGUUCAUCCACUACUUCUUCACGGUCUCCAUGCUGGUCAGUAUCUUCACCCUGUCCGUCAUGUCCGUGGACCGCUACGUGGCCAUCGUGCACUCCAGGAGGUCCUCGUCCAUCCGCCUGGCGCGGCACGCCUUGCUCGGGGUGCUGUCCAUCUGGGUGCUCUCCCUGGCCAUGGCAGCUCCUGUUGCCUACCACCAGAGCAUAGUCCACAGGGGAGAGGAAGGCACCUUCUGCUGGGAAGUGUGGCCGGACCAGAGCAGGAGAAAGCUCUACGUGGUGUUCACCUUCGUCUUCGGCUACAUGCUGCCGCUUCUCUUGAUCUCCUUCUGUUACGCGAAGGUUUUAAACCACCUGCGCAAAAAGCUAAGAGGCUUUUCAAAAAAGUCCGAGGCAUCGAAGAGAAAGACUGCGCAGACUGUGCUCGUGGUAGUGGUGGUCUUUUGCCUCUCCUGGUUGCCUCACCACAUCGUCCACCUCUGGGUAGAGUUUGGGACCUUCCCCCUGAACCAGGCGUCCUUCGUGUUCCGGGUGACGGCCCACUGCCUGGCCUACAGCAACUCAUCUAUCAACCCCAUCAUCUACGCCUUCCUGUCGGAGAACUUCAGGAAGGCCUACGUGCAGGUCUUCAGCUGCCACUUUGCCAGCAGCUCCCCGCUGAACAACACAAAGGAGAUGAGGAGCAGAAUAGGCACACCCCCCUCCACCAAUUGCACCAAUGUGUGAUGCUCCAAAUACACUAAGGCCUCUAGGUGAGCUGUGCCUGGCACGUACUGCAUGAGGAGAAAGAAGCAACAGAACAUCAUUCAACUGCAUAUUUAAGUAUAAGAAAAUAUAUAUUUAAUGUGGGAAUGAAAAGAAGAAUACUCACUUGUAUGGGUGAAAAUAGUGUUAUGGUGAUGUUCAGUAUAAUAGACUUCUUUUUACUGUGGCUCUGAUAAAAAUCGCUUUAAAUAUGCAGUAUGUUUUAAAGAUGUUGAUGUUAUGUUGUUUGAAAUUAAAACACGGUUAUACUCAAAUUCAGAUCACAAAGGACCAGACUUCAUGGCCCUGUCUACUCAUAGUGCAAUUAUUUGAAGGACAAAAAUUACCGUCGGUAAUGUAAAUAAAUUGCUAUUGCGCAGUGAGCUUACGGUGGGUCAUUCUCUGCCUACUGAAGUGGUAUGUAAUUAUCUAGCUAUUUUUUUAUUUUGAACCAGCCAACAGAUUUUUUUUUUUUUUCAUGAAUUCGGUGCUGAACCAAAUAUGAUUUGUUUUUUUUUUUGGAGUUAGUUGACCUCUGUACGUUUUCCAGGCGCAAUGUUCUUCUGACAUAAAAGUCUCUACAAACAGUGGAUCUUAUUAUAAACAAAGGCAUUUUGAGCAGGUAACAAUACCAGUUUUUAGUACUGUAUAUAUAAAAACACUGUUGCCAUGAGGAUCACAUGAAGGCCAAUAACAAUAGAUCAAAGUGACAUAGA